AUGGCACACAAGUACCAAGUUCGCUCAAUUAGUUUGCCUUCUAGAUCUCAUCCUAGCACCAUUAGAGUAGAAGAGGAGUUGAGCAAGCUCAAGACAUGGGAAGGAACAUCAACAUCCACUUCUGAGUCCAUUGACACUGGCCUAUCCUUACUUGAAGAUUUGUAUAUUUCCUUGGAUGAUCUUCUCAACAUGGCAUCAACCCAAAAAGUGAUUUCCCACUAUAAAGGUGACAAGUACGUGGAAGAGGUGUUGGAUGGUUCAGUGAGAAUUUUGGAUAUAUGUGGCAUUAUAAGGGACACCAUGUUGCAAAUUAAGGAAAAUGUUCAAGCCCUUCACUCUGCUCUUCGAAGAAGAAAAGGAGAUUCAAGUGUUGAAACAAGUGUGGCUGAAUACAAAUUCUUCACAAAGAAGAUGAAGAAAAACGCAAAUAAGUUGAUCACAUCUUUGAAGCAUAUGGAUAACAAAUUUGGGGUGUCCCCACUCUUAGAUCUUGAUUACCACCUUGCUGCUGUGAUUAAAGUGCUCAGGGAAGUGAUUCUAACGAACUUGUCAAUCUUCCAAUUUGUUUUGUCAUUCUUGACCGUGUCUUCAUCAAAUUCAAAGGCAACCAAAUGGUUGGCGGUGGCAAAAUUGAUGCACAAAGGGGUAAAACCAUGUGAAGAUACCUCAGAGAAUGUCAAUGAGUUGCAGUGUGUGGAAGAAGCUUUAAACACCCUUCUAAAUGAAGGCACUAAUGAUGAAAAGAUGCAGGUAGCUCACGAAAGACUAGAGGCUUUGGAAAAUGCCAUUGAAAAUGCUGAGAAUGGCUUGGAGAGUGUAUUUAGGCGCUUGAUUAAAACUAGAGCCUCCCUUUUGAACAUAAUCUCCCAAUAG